GGAGCGAUGGAGGCAAAAGGAAGGUGGCAGCGCUGGGCUCUGCAGGUAUAUCCUAGAUAAAAUUUAAAUUGUGGCUUCAGGCUGUCCAGUGGUUGUGAGAGCAAUGCUGCAGCUGCCUAUCACCAGUGUUGAUUGAAUAACAUUAGGCUCUUCAACAUUUCAAGUUUUGGAAUCAUGGCAUCUAAUGAAGAGAAGAUUGUGCUUGAAAGAUGCUGUAAUAUCUGUGUUGAUGGCAACAUUCAGGACCAUGGCACUAUUCAGGACCAGGAAGGUGAUAGUCAAGCAAUGUCUACCAACUUAAAAUACCUUUCCCUGGGGAUAUUGGUCUUCCAGACAACUAGUUUGGUUUUGACUAUGCGUUAUUCUCGGACACUGAAAGAAGAAGGACCUCGUUAUUUAUCUUCAACUGCAGUGGUCAUUGCGGAGCUUUUGAAGAUUAUGGCCUGUAUUUUGUUGGUUUACAAAGACAGCAAGUGUAAUUUACGAUCUCUGAACAGAGUGCUACAUGAUGAAAUCCUUAAUAAGCCAAUGGAGACACUUAAGCUAGCCAUUCCUUCUGGGAUUUACACACUACAGAAUAAUCUGCUAUAUGUUGCCUUGUCAAAUCUGGAUGCAGCCACUUACCAGGUCACGUAUCAGCUGAAAAUUCUUACCACUGCAUUAUUUUCUGUGUCCAUGCUCAGUAAGAAAUUAGGUGUAUAUCAGUGGCUUUCAUUAAUGAUUUUGAUGGCUGGAGUUGCAUUUGUACAGUGGCCAUCAGAUUCACAGGUAGCAACAACUAAAGAACUUUCGGCAGGAUCACAAUUUGUGGGCCUGAUAGCAGUACUUAUAGCAUGCUUUUCAAGUGGAUUUGCUGGAGUGUAUUUUGAGAAAAUUUUGAAAGAAACAAAACAGUCAGUAUGGAUUAGGAAUAUUCAGCUAGGGUUUUUUGGUAGCAUAUUUGGAUUGAUGGGUGUGUACAUUUAUGAUGGGGAACUUGUAUCACAGAAUGGCUUUUUUCAAGGUUAUAACAAGCUUACCUGGAUAGUUGUCAUUCUGCAGGCACUUGGAGGACUUGUUAUAGCUGCUGUUAUAAAAUACGCAGACAACAUUUUGAAAGGAUUUGCAACAUCCUUGUCUAUUAUAUUGUCAACAUUAAUCUCAUACUUCUGGCUGCAAGAUUUUGUCCCUACAAGUGUUUUUUUCCUUGGAGCUGUUCUUGUAAUAGUUGCUACAUUCCUCUAUAGUUAUGACCCAAAGCCUGCAGUGAAUCCUAUUAAAGCAUAGCAGACUCUUUCAUACAAGACCAUUUUGCCAAGACUGUGCAUUCAGGACCUCAAAAUAACUCUGCACAGAAGACCAUCAAACACUAGAAAGGAAGAGUUUACACUGUAUCUGAAGAAUGACAUUAAAUAAUGGUAUAUGGGAUACAGAGGGGUCAAAAACAGAAAAUAGUAUGUGCCUCUGAAAAAGAAGAAAGGCCUACAGCAAAACUUGAAGGGAAAAUGCUGCCUCUAGUACUUACAGUUAGAAAUGCUUCCAGCUUGAACUCUGAGGUUGAAUCAGAAUGACUUACUGUUUUUGACAGCUACAGAAAUGUCCUAUGCACUCUUCUCGCAAGAGCUUGUAACAACACUUGUUGAAUCAUACCUGUUUUUGCAAAUUGACUAUUUCGUCUUAGUAAGUAUGUUUUUUUUAACUUGCUGUAUAUGUAUAUGUAUCAAAUCAGAGAAAUAAGAACUAGUUCUACAGUAAUAUUUCUGAUUUUGGUGUUCCUAUUUAAAAACCUGCAAAGUACGAUUGAAUUAUUCUCAUUUCCAGAUUUUUAGUAUUUUAUAUAGUAAGAUGAAUUAAUAAACAAACAUUAGUGUUAUACACACACACACACACACACACACACACAUUUCUUACAAUAAUCUUUCUUGAUAAGAUUCCAUGAGAGGAAGAAUAUAAUACUUUUACCGUUUGUGAAUUUCAUCAGUCAUGUGAGUGUGUAUAUGAGGAGGGGGAUGGGCUUGGUCACUAAGAGCUCAAUUCUGUGCAUGCUUAGACGGAAAAAGAUCCAGACUGGCUAGAGAAUGCUGCGAGUUGUAGGACCUUUUCUGUCUAAAGAUGUAUAGGAUUGCACUUCAACUAUGUUGCUGCACCAUUCCCAUUUAAAUAAAAGGAGGCCUUAUUUAAAUACAUGACAAGGCCUAUUGAAAUAAAAUGGUGGCAAGCACAACUACAGUGCCUGCUGUUUUUCGUGUGUUUGGCAAAUGGUCAUGAUACAGUGCCAUCACUCAGAUCAGAUAGGGGUGUGUUUGGUCGAAGAACAAUUCCUUUUCUCAAUAAGCAAAAAAAAAAAAAAAAAAGUGAUUAAUUUAGAGUUCAUUUCACUGCUUAAAUGUUUGAUUUGAAGAUACUUUUCAACUGUAUUUUUUUAAAGUAGCCAUUGUAACUAUUUUAAAGUAUUAUGGUUCCUUUUGGAGCUGCGGUGGUAUAUCAUGUGUAUAUACUGUACUAUAUUACAGAGCUUUAAAAAUACUUGGGAGAAUUA